AUGGAUGCUAUCGGUUCGACGUCGAAUUUAACCUGCAAUGAUGAAUUCGUCAAAGAUGGAUACGUAUUUGAGAAAGAUGCAGAGACAGGGCAACAAAUCGAAGAGAUGGAAACAAACUGCAUACCUUUCGCAUCAGAGGCAGGGUUGCAAUUCUACAAAACGAAUGUCCUUGACGACCCGCGCAAGCGACAGGUCCUUGAUCAUUGUUUCCAGUGGUUUGGACUGGGGCUUUAUCGAACUUUCGGUGCCACGCCCGGCGAUUAUGCCUUUCGGCAGAGCGAUCUAUCCUCAAAUACCGAGUCUCUCCUGAUACAAUUUUGGAAGAAGGGUUCGAAGGUUACAUUUUGGAAAGGUUCACACAUUCAGCAGGUCACUACCAUUAAGGGAGACAAUAAUUUGUGGAGAGCACCACGUGUGGCGCUCACAAGGCUCGGCCUUGAGCCUGUUCACGUUAUAUUUGAGGAUGGAGGAUUUUCUAUCCGUGAUACCCGCCUUUUUGUCGAAGUAUUGGAAGGAAGUGCUAUUACAUUUGGAGUCGCCUCAGAGGAUGUGUUGAAAAAAUGGUGGGCUCCGAUGAAGGUUCCCAAGUCCCUCCAAACAAUAGUCAGCAACAUGGAAGGACCCAAUUUUGGCAUGAACGUGACAUACUUCGAUGGCAAACAUGAUUCUGUUGCAAUGGGCGUCAGCGCGCCUCCUGAUUAA